AUGGACGCCCAAGUCGAUCUGCCCGUCUCACGUCGAGAGCUGUACGAGCUCGUCAGACUGUGGUACGUCGACCCAACCUCCGCGACGGUGGCGCUGUGAGUACGACCGACACCUCCCCACCCGCGCCGCCUGUUCCCGGUCUGACCCAUCUCCGAUUCCUUCUCUGAUCCAGAACAAACGCACUUGUGACCGUCUUUGCCACCUCGACAACCCGCGCCUCGACCUCGGAUGCGGUGGACCUCUUCACGAGCCUCCAUUCGCUGCUCUUGCCGCUGUGUUCGAUCGGGGCGACCCGUACGACCGCCGACAGCCUGGCCAACUACUUGAUCCAGUCACUGCACCCUCAGCUCGCCCCUGAGCACUACCUCCGCUUCAGCGAUCUCAUCAUCGAUGUCGCGUGGCAAUUCGAGCAGGCGAUCGACAAUGGGUUUCUGCCCAGCCCUGUCGUCCCCACCUCGGCGACCCUCACCGUGGCCGAAGCAGCCGCCGCGCUGCCGGUGAAAGAUGACCCGCACAAUCAGAUGCAGAUCGACUCGGAUGAUCUCAAGGUCGUAGAGGAUGCCGCGUCGAUAGCCCAGAGUAUCGAGCGCAAGCGCGCGAAGCACGUUCACCAGGCUCGCGAGAACGUCGGAGCUCUGUUGAAGCACCUCUGCGUGAGUCAUGGGCCGAGCUACGCAUCGAAUCAGACAACCACCACUUACACCACUUCGCCUUUCUCUCGACGUAGGUCGCCAACAUCAUCUCGGUCGAUGCGGUCGGGGAACGGCUCGACCUCGUUUCGCUCGUCGUGCCCACCUUGGGCAUCAUCAGCAACGUGCAGCACUUUCAACGCCACGAGAUUCGUGCACGAACAGCCCUCUAGUAAGACUCGUUUUCCAUACCGCACGGCAUGCGCACCAUCAUCGUUGGUCCCGGUCGAACGCUCGUCCGUCGUCGGUCCCCCAAGAUGAUGCGUGACCUUCUCGUUCAAAGAACAACCGUCCUCUGACCCACUGUUGCUCCAUCUUUCGCGAUCCUCGUCCGUGCCUCGCGACCGAUUAUCCCCACCAGUUACAAGCAGCAAAAGUUCAACUUGCUUCGCGAGGAGAUGGAAGGAUACUCCAAGCUCGCAGUCGAAUUGCUCUUGCUCCCCGGGCCGCCGCAAUCGACCGAGGACGGCCGCAGCGUCGAAACAGAGGAGCAACGCUUCAAGAGGGCCAACGCGGCCAUGGAUAAAGUCAAGAGCUUGAUUGGUCAGUCACACAAGGGUCAAACAUCACGAGUCGGCCAACUCGUGCUCAUCUACCAGAGAAUACGGCGACAUCACAGGCAAUUUUGACCUUGAUCCGGAUCGCACGAUCGAUCUCAUCCUCGACGCCUUUACCGAACAAGUCAUCGACCACUACCAGUUCUACCUCGACCUCAUCUCUGUCUCACCAUGGGCUUCACCUCGCAAGAAGAAUGGGGCAGCCUUACCGGAAAAGGGCAAAGCGAAGGAGACAGACAUCGACAUUGGGCUCGAGGAGGACCAAGGCAAUCGAGUAUUGGCCCAAAUACUGGGUUUCAAGUUCAAGUUCUAUCAAACUGAAGGCGUCAGCGAAACACCGAGGCAGCUCUACCUCAUGACCGCCCUCUUGAUUUGGCACGGUCUCGUCAAGCUUUCCGACCUGUGGCCCCACCUUUCCCCCGACGACACCGUGCUCGCCAAGGUCGAGUCCCAGUAUCGCGAGGACCAGGAAAAGGCCGCGGCUUCCGUCGGCGGUGGUAAUGCAUUGGCCAUGGCGGGCGCGUUGGUAGACGACGACGCUCCCAAGACCAAGUCCACCGCCUCGACGGCAUCCAACGCCAACGGCGACGCCGCCGCGGCCGCUGCCAAACCCGAUCGAGUCUUACCGAAUCAGCGACUAGAGCUGGUCAAAGCGAUGCUGUCGCUCGGGGAUCUCGCACAUGCCCUCUUUGUCCUGUCCCAAUACCCGACUCUUGUCUUUGCCAACCCUGCGGUCGCCGCUCUCCUCAAUCGAUUGCUCGUCGUCUCGCUCACCCCAGCAUUUGAGACCAUCGAUUCGUUGGCCCUCAAGACCGACGCGUCCCGUCGGGCCGAGCUCAAGGCUCCUCGGAGGGUUUUUGAAUCGUCCACUAAAACGCUCGUCCCUCCUACUCCCAAAGCACGACAGUUGACGAGUCGAGCGAUCCCACUACCGAUCCCAAACAAGGAGCAAGUGUUUUUCUUCCCCGAUUGGCAAACGCGGCUACCGAAAUGUGGCGAUGUCGAGGAAGUCUUGGUCGUGCUCGAAAAGACGUUCGCUCCAUUGCUCGGCCCGUUUCUCGCCUUGGACUUGCCAGCCUACAGUCGCAUCUGUCGGAUCAUCAAGCAAGACCUCACCGCGCUCGCCCCAGCCGAGAACCCACGUUUCGCUCGAUGGCUCGUGCUCAUACGUCAGGUAUUGCUUCCCGGCGCUGCGCUUCUCAAGGACAACUCGCCUGUAGGUCUCCUGAUUUGGGACGUCUUGCGACUCUUGACGAUCGAGCAACGCUAUCAGUUGUACGGUGAAUGGAAGGACGCGGCGUAUCGUCGGAUCCCCGUUCUCGGCGUUCGCAAAGCAGAGACCGAGCGUAAAGUUAAGAUGAUUCUUCGACGACUGUCGACGGAGAACGUCAAGCGUUUGGGCAAGAACCUCGCCAAAGCGGCUCACAACAACCCCAUCAUCACCUUUGCCGUCGUGCUCAACCAAGUGCAAAGCUACGAUAACCUCAUCCUCCCCGUCGUCGAGGCUGCACGAUAUUUGAGUGACCUCAGUUACGACGUCCUCACUUACACCGUAUUGGAUGCGCUGAGCUCGAGCAAGAGCAAGACAAAGGAAGACGGAACCAGUACCGCGCUGUGGCUCCAGAGUCUGGCAACCUUCACCGGCCACCUCUAUCGUCGAUGGUUGGCCCUCGAACCAUCCCUAGCCAUGAUCCUACAAUAUCUCGUGAACCAACUCGUCAGCGGCAACUCAAAGGACCUCAUUAUCCUCCGCGAGAUCAUUUCCAAAAUGACCGGCCUCGAACCUUUCGCCGAUCUAUCCGACGCCCAAGUCUUUGCCCUCGCAGGUGGGAAGGUGCUCCGCAGCGAAGUCUUUUUCCAAACCGAGAUCGGACAAGCCGCGAAAUCCAAAGAGAUGGCCUUGACGAACAACUCGCGAGAGCGAUUGGGAAAGGUGUUGGAACGUACUCGUUUGUCGAUGCCUUUGUUGGUCAAUAUCGCUUUACAACGCCAAGCGUGCGUCGCGAUGGAUACGCAUCUCAAAUCGCUCGGAGCAUUGUUCGAUACCAACCACGCGAUAUUAUUUCAAUUCACUGAACUACUCCUCGCUUUAAUGGACGUGACCGAACUAGCCAAGGAACUCCCAACGAUCGAGGAAUUGACGAGGGAUUACGGCAUCGAACCUGCUGUGGCGUUCGAGAUCGGACGACCUAAAAUGAGGAUCGCGAUGAAGGCGUUUGAUGAGACGGAUGCGCAGAGAAAUUUGGAGCUGGAGAAGAGGAAGGCGGAUUUGAGGGCCAAGUUGGCUAAGGAGAAAUUGAAUAAGGUCGCGGAGGAGGAGAGGGCCAAGACCACGUCAACGACGGGUGAUGCGGUUGUUGAAGGUGGGAAGGGGAAUGUGACAAAUGAGGCUGAGAAAGUUGGGCAGCCUGAGGCGGGGACUGAGGAUGCCAAGAUGGAAGAUGCCACGAGCAAAUUGGUCGAGGAGAUCAAAGUUCUUGUGGCCGACACAGCGAUGGACGUGUCGAUGACCGAUGGGACGCCGAGCGACCCACCCGACUCUCCAGUCAUCAAAGCACCGGUAGGUCGGCAAAGACUGUACGCGUGCUCAUCAACCUUUACUCAUGUGAACCAUUAUCAUCUCCUAUCAGAUAUGGCAUCCGGGGUUGGUGGACGUCAUCCAUUCAACGGAGGCGACGCUUCCUUAUGAGGUUCAAGAAGUGAUGGGGUGCGUGAGAACAGACUGGACGGCCAUACAGAGACAGGAAGCCUGAUUCUCGCUUCUUCUCUUGUCCAGUGCGCCCUUCUACGUCACCUUCUGGCAACUCACCCUCUACGACAUCAUGUACCCCAAAGAACGUUACGACGCCGAACUCGACCGACUCAACAAGAUGCAACGCGACAUCAGUGGAUCUGAAAUUGCCCAGACCCUGACCAAAGAUGCGACGAGUCGUUUCGUGCAAAACAUCGUUUCGCUCGCCAACAAAUUGCUGAAAGAGGCUGAGGAACAUCGAUCAGCGAGGGCGGUGGUCAGUCGCCGUUUGACGAGGGAGGCAAAGUCGUGGUUCAUAGGUUAGUGAGCUUAGUGGUCCUGCAUAUCCAGUGCUAAUUGCUGACUUGCUGCGUGCUCUUCGUGCAGGUGUUACGACCAACUCGCAACGCAAGGUGCUCGUCGACCAAAUCGUGCAGCACUGCAUUCACCCACGAGUCAAGCUUUCGUUGCCGGAUGCCGUUUUCUCGUACCAGUUCAUCAAGCGCUUGCAUUCGAUGAACACGACUGGUUUCCAUAGCAUUCUAUUCUACGAUAGGGUGCGCAGGGCUGUAUGAUAGGUACUUUCGGCGAGAUAAAUUUUGACAUCCCGUUGCCUGCGUACAGAUCCUCAACCGCCACUUGGUACCCGUCAUCUACUCGUGCAGCGAGAACGAGGCACGCAACUACGCUCGCUUCCUCCACGACAUGCUCCAAGACGUCAACAACUGGUACCGCAACGAGGAGAAGUUCAAAAGCGAGGCGAUUGGUUCCGGUCUCAAUGGGUUUGCGCGGCGACCUGCAGCCCUGUUCUCGUCCUCGAUCAAGCUGGAGGAGUGCUUCUCCCACAAGGAUUUCCAACACGUUACGGAGAAAUGGACGAAUCGAACCGUCUCGAGCUUCAGCGAAGGUUUCGAGUCAGGUGAAUACAUGCACAUCAAGAACUCGAUCCUCGUCUUGACCAAGAUUGCACCCCACUUCCCGAUCGAGUACAAGUCGGGAGUCCGACUUGAAGCUGCGAUCGAGGCGUUGCUCAAGACUGAACAGAGAGAGGAUCUCAAGAUCUUGGCUCAGGGUUACAAGGCCGUGAUUACGAAACGCAAGAAGCUUUGGGCGAACCAACCUGCUCCACCUGCUGCUGCGCCAGCUCCCCUGGUCGAGAUCAAGUCGAUUGCAUCGUCUUCGUCGGCCCCGUCCUCGUCUCGCCCUUCGCCUGCGCCCCCAAGCGUGUCGGCCAAAACGCAAGCGAGUGAUGGACCUCCCACUGCACCAGCUGCACUGCGGGCAACCGCUACCCCGUUCUCUGGAUUGCCGAUGCGACCCUCCUUGAGCUCGGGAGGUUCACGAGAACCCCUGCGACCUGCCCCAACUGGACCCGCUCGUGACACCGCACCCCGAGAUGAUCGUUUCGCAGACCUGAACAGGCCGCGAAGCGAUCUUAUUAGUAGGCUCAACCCGAGUAGUGGAGGUCGCCCAGCCGCUCCUGCUGCCCAAGGUCCGCCUGCAGCCCCCCGGGCCGACGCGGUCAAUCGGUCACAGCCUGCUCCUCGCUCGGACAAUGCCUCCACUUCGAACGCGUCACAGUCGGUGGCCACAUCAAACGGAACCGAGAAUGCGAAUGGGAACGCCAACGGCCUGCCGGCGAAGCCAGGAACUUCUUCCGAAAUGGAGCUUCGCGCGAAAGCCUUGGCCUCGAGUCGCAAUUCGGUGCUGAUGAACCCUCCAGCAUCGACUUCGUCUGCCGCCGGGACGCCCCGAGCUCGUUCGCCCGCUCCAACUGGGCCCGCUUCAUCGACAGCCCAGCCCUUGUCUCAUCCUGCGAAGGAUGCAUCUCAUCUUCCUUCGAGUACCGCAACGCCUCGCGAGCAGGACCGCGGCCGGGAGCGCGACGAUCAUUCGAGUCGCCGCCGAUCAAGUCGAGAACGAAGUGUCGAAUCGACUCGGUCGUCCAAUUCGAAGCGCGAGACGAGAUCCUCGGCAAGAGAUGAGCCUUCCUCCAGGUCUUUCAGGAGCGAUCACGAUCGUCAUGACGAGUCGCGGAGUACGCGGGAUGGCGGCCGGGAUAAGAAGACGGAAAGUGAUCGCGAGAGUAGUACGCGCGAUCGGGAUCGUAGAGAUCGAGAGAGGGAGAGGGAGAGGGAGCGUGUUCCAAGGCGCGAACGAGAACGCGAGAGGGAUGGAGAUAGGCCUCGUUCGCAUGAGGCCUCUUCGAGGAGUUCGAGACGGUCCGGGGGUGAGAUUAGCGCGGCGGAGGAGGAUCGGAGGAGAAGUGAGAGGAAGGAGGAGGAGAGCCGCAAGACGGAGAGUCGGCGUGUUGAUGAGAAGACGAUUGAGGAUGACAAGACGCGCGGUGAGAAUAAGAAGCGAGAGUCAGAUGGAAGGCGGGGAGUGCACGGUCGUGAGGAGAGGGACACCAGACGUCGGGGUGAGGAUCGGGAGAAAGAGGUCAGUACGCCGUGAUCUGAUUGCUCUGGUGUUUUGCUUGAUGGCUGACGAGGAUACAAUCGAUUUGACAGCGACCUGCACGAGACUCGGGCUCGACCUCACGGCAACCGUCGCCCGCUCGAUCACUAGCUGACCGCCUCAAGCCCGCAUCGGCAUCGGUCUUGGCUUCGAUCGACGACUCGAAGCGAGCAUCUGCACAAGGUCGCAACGAGUGUGAAGAUGAUCGGGAAAAGGGCCAACGUGACGCCGAGCGCACCACCCGCGAUGACCCGUCAUCAACCGAGCCGACGCGGAUGUCCGUCCGCUCGACGGCGUCGCGAGAAUCGUCGAAACCGCCGACGGCACCCUUCAGCAUUCGCGGCAGCAGUGGUGGUGUUUCGAGGCUCAUGAGCAGUGCUGGAUUGACGAGUCGUUCCGAGCCGGCUUCGUCGAGGCGUUCAUCGAAGGGACCGACGCAAGACGGCGAGACAACCGAGAAGCGGGAUGAGAUGAAGGACGAGCCCGUUGAUUCGAGGAAACGUGCAGGCGGCGAGAGGGUCGAGGAGCUCGAAGUCAAGCGAGCCAGGACUUCAGCACCUGUCCCACCACCCAUCGCUCCCGCUGCUGAUCGGGAGCGCGAACGAGGUGGCAGAGAUACUCGAAGCUUAAGGGAAACGAGGGAUGGCUGGGACACCAGCAAUAUCAAUAGCAACAAUAGGGGACCCCGAGGCCCCCGAGGCAGCGGAUCAGCCGACACGCGCUUCGCCUCACAGUUUGCGCCCCAGGGAGGAAGGAGAUAA